ACCUCGCCUUCUAGCUUCUCACUGCUAGUGAGAAGUAGAGGUAUCAAGCAAUGGACAACAGCUUCCCCAUUAAUCAGAGAUGGAAGCUUUGCACAUAUACAAGCUUCACGAGCAUUAUCAUCCUAGUGCUCUUGCUUGGUCAAGACCAGAAGGCCCUGAACUUUUUGACUUUUCGAAGCUCAACCUCAUCGGUGACAUCUUCGUUGAGUCUCGUGGACUACUAUGUUGCAGCUAACACUCAGUUGCAGCCCAAAGAUACUUCACUUCUCAAUGAGCACGAUACGCAUGAGAAGAAAAGCUGCAACAUCUUUGAUGGCAAAUGGGUCUAUGAUCCUGAGGUAAGUCCUCUCUAUGAUCACACUAAGUGUCCAUUUCUUAGUGACCAAGUUAGCUGCCGAAGGAAUGGCCGACAAGAUUUUGGCUACGAGAAGUUUAGGUGGGAAGCCACUGGGUGCAACAUUCCCAGGUUUAAUAGCACAGAUAUGUUGGAGAAACUCAGAGGCAAGAGAAUGAUCGUAGUUGGGGACUCACUUAACAGAAACCAAUGGGAAUCUCUUGCUUGUCUUCUCUACUCUGCUUUACCUCCCUCUCGGGUUUAUGUUGACGUACAAAGUGGCAGCUACAAGGUCUUCAGAUCAAAGGAAUACAAUUGUUCCGUGGAGUUUUUCUGGAGUCCGUUUCUGGUGGAACUAGAAGUCGACCGGGCUAAUGGCACCAGAAUAUUGGAGCUCGACAAACUCUCAGCAAUGUCAAAGAAGUGGUAUGGUGCAGACAUCAUGGUUUUCAACACUGGCCAUUGGUGGGUGCAUCAGGGGAAGUUACAAGCAUGGGAUUACUUUCAUCAUGAUGGUAAGAUGGUAGAAACAAUGGAAAUGGACCUGGCACUCGAGGCAGCCAUGAAAACCUGGUCGAGUUGGAUUGAUCAGAACGUAGAUACGAACAAAACAGUAGUUUUCUUUAGAAGUAUUUCGCCAGAACACAAGGGAACGCAAUGGUGCUACAACGAAACCCAACCAAUCUCAGAUGAGUCCUACCAAGAGAUAUUCCCCGAGUCAUUAACUGAAGUAUUCAAGAGAACAAUCAAGAGAAUGAAAACCCCAGUGAAGUAUUUGAAUAUAACAAAGCUAUCGCAGUAUCGAAGAGAUGCGCAUCCAUCAGUUUAUGCAAGAAGGCAAGGGAAACUAUCAGUAGCAAUGAAACAGAGAAAAGAAGAGAUCAUUACCGAUUGCAGCCACUGGUGUUUGCCUGGUUUGCCUGAUACUUGGAACAGGCUCUUGUAUGCUACCAUUGUAUCAGCCUCCUCCUAAUACUUCUUGUCUGAUACUGUUCAUUCUUCACUGCAUCUCUUCACUAGUUUGAACUACUCAUCAUUCCAUCAAUACUUGUAUUUUUGUACU